AUGUCAAACAGCUACAGCGUGUUUGUCUCAACGUUCAAUUGUGGGAAGGUUUUACCAGUUGAUGAUCCGAUAGAGCUGAAAGCGGUGCUUUCAACGCUUCUUCCGGCAGAAAAAUCGCACGAUAUUUAUGCUUUAGGGUUUCAGGAACUAACGCCUAUUUGGCAAGGCUCUUUUGCUGAAAUGGUGCACAAAACGCUGCAGAUCGUAGGCGAGAGUGCUGUGGAGCUUUUAAAUCGGCAAAAUGGAGGUCGGAGGUUCAAAUUGGCAGCUUUGAAUAGCACUGGUGCGAUUGGGCUUUUGGUGAUAGUAGCUACUGAUGUGUCAGUUUCCAACAUUUUGAAGGCAUCUGUCAAGUGUGGAAUGUUCUUUUCAAGUUUGAAGGGUGCUGCAGCGCUACAAAUGAGACUGCAGUGUAAUGAUUCUGAUGUGAGUGAUUCUUUCGUUUUCGUGACAGCGCAUCUUGCUGCGAAUGAGGGGGAAAACGAAUGUCUAAAACGUGAACAAGAUUAUCACACAGUUGUUGGUGAACUUCAGCGUGAACUGGGCUCUUUCAGAAACCACCACGUAUUCAUCUGUGGUGAUUUCAAUUUCCGGUCUAGCAAAUGGGCGAGCAACUUAGACGAUUUCUGCAAUAUGGACCUGGUACGUCAAGCUGUGGUCGAGCAUGAUGAAUUGACCUUGGGACGUAAAGCAGAACGUAUUUUUGGGAGUUUUGAUGAAGCCCCAAUCGCGUUUGGUCCAACUUACAAGUUCACCCUCACAACUCCGGAUGAGCAAUACAACUUGAAACGAACGCCGUCCUGGUGUGAUAGAAUACUUUUUCAAUCCCAACAAGUGACACCAGAGAUCUUGAACUACACGUCUCGCAAACGCAAUGCUUCAUUACAAUUCACAGACCAUCUUCCUGUGAUUUUGGAGCUCACAGUACCGCAUAUCGAAUUUGAACCAGUCGUUUCUUCAACACUGGAGUCACCACAGGAGCAACAGUGGACCGCCAAACUCACCGGGUCGGUGGUAGACGCUACAGUGGGCUACUUGGGACUGGCCAACGACCUAUAUGGACGCCAGUUGAAGAUACUUGCGUUGAUUUUGGCAACUUGGCUAUUAUGGAAAGCCUUCACGUGA